AUGUCGCAGAAAGUCCUUUUCAAGCUCCUGCCUGCUGCACCUCCAAGGUUUUCUGGCUACUUGCCAGCCUUUGCACAUGCCUCCCGACUUGCUCUGCCCAGGGGAGAACCAAAAGCAGUCGGCAAACUCGAGCAGGAGAAAGCCAUUUUGGCUGCGCAGAGGGAGGGAGUCAUGGAUUUGGCACAAUCGCUCUUCAAUUCCCAGGAGGUCAGCGAGGCGUACCAGAAUUUCCUGAACAAUCCAGUCUUUGUCUAUCUCGCGCGCGAUCCAAAGUUGGACAAGAACAAGCAGGUGUUGAAAGAGUACUUUAAGUGCAACAACUACUUCUUGAAUGUCCUGAUUUCGAGCCGGGUGAAGCAGCUCGAGACCGUCCCCUUGGAAGAGCCUGCCACCCGCCUCUACGAAGAGCAAAAGAUUGAGAGCUUGAAGAAGUACAAAAACACCGAAUAUGCCACCAUGUUAAAGGCUUUUGGACUCGACCCCGAGAAGCUUGGCGAGCCGGACCAGGCGACGCUGGACUACGAAAAGUUCCUCAUGGAGGACCCGCCCAGCCCGGAUGCAUCCAGCUAUGCCCAAUCCCUGGUUGCCCGAGCGGCCUGUGCUAUUGGCUGGUCCUUGUGUGCUCGGCGGCUUUUCGACGAUAAAUUGACUGUUAAAGAGGGCCCCUUCUGGGAUUAUGUCCUGCGUGCCAAUGUGGCCCAUCCGAUUGAAUACGUCACGGAAACCGGAGAGCUGGCUACCUACGUCUCAGAAGACUCUGUCUCCGCUACAGCGUUCAGGCUCGCUCAGCAGCUCAACUACCGCCUGGGCGACAGCAACGGGAACCUCCUCUGGAACGAAAAGACUCGAAAGUCCAUCGUGGAGAAGUUGCGCAAGGGCCUCGAGGCCGAGUACAACUGCGCCGUGGCGAUAUUUACCAAAAUCCACGGUCCGCUGCCCACGCCCAUCAAGGGAGUCGACAAACAUUGA